AUGGAAGAGGAAAUCAUUGGAACAUCUGCCAAUAUCAACUCUGUAGUUUUGCUUGUCCAACACAAAAAGUCAAAGAGAACCAGAAUUUUUAUUAGAGAACCGAAAAACCAUCUUUCUAAAGUUUAUAAUACACACAACAUUGAUGGAAUUGAGUGGAGAGAAGUUUUGGAUUUGGAAACUCUGUUAUUGGAUGGUGAAUGGAUAAUUACUUGUUCAUGCUCUUGGGCUACAGUAGCAUUUGUUACGAGCUUUGGAAGAAUUUUAACAAUAGGAUCCAAUCAUAAAGGAGAGCUAGGUAGACCUUCCACCAAGUUUGAUAAUGCAGGAGAAUGUGAAAUAGUUUCUAAAACUUCAAGUAACAAACCAUUUUUUGUAAAAACAAAAAGUGGAGAAUAUGAUUUAUUGGCUCUUACAAAAGAUGGAAAAGUUUAUAGAUGUGGAUAUUCUCUUGGACUUGAUGGAACAUUAGAAAGACUUACUGAAUUCGAUUCACAAAUAUUGGACGAGGAUGAAGUUUAUGAAGAUAUUGCCUUUACUGCUCGAAGAGGUUUUGCAUUGACAAGUAAGUGA